AGCAUUAAAACAGAAGGUGAAGCCCAGCGACACAUUUCAUUAUUGAGAAGCUUCAGUAAUGAGUACAGAGAGAAUACUUUCUACUAAAAUUCUUUAUUAAAAAGCACUUACAGUUUAGAAAGGCUACUGAUGUGGUAAUAAAAAAGGCAUUAUUUCUGUAACACUGAUAUUUUAAGUGCCAAAAAACAUUAAAACUUAAACAAGUUUUAAUUAUAAUAGUCUGCGACUAAACAUACUCCUGUACUCCUGAAUCUAUCCAUAACAUCACCAGCCUUAUGGAUAGGUUUGUGCAGUCUGUUGGAAUCAGCUACCUUUGGUCCACUGCCUCAGCAUCCAACAGCAAAAAAGAUAGCACUGGCUACCACAGACUCAUAGAUAAUCUUCAGCAUCGUCCUGCAGAUAGAUGAAACUCAUUUAAACCCGCAGACGCUGCCUCUUGGCUGAUGUUACUGGAACGCUUCAUUUAGGAAGUUUCCAUUUAUUUUCUAUUUAAGAAUAUUAGAAAGGUGUUCACAAAUGUAUUCAAAUGGCCUCGCUGAUUAUAUUCAGAAACGUAAAUGAAUGAUAUGUCCAUGUUUAUUCAAAAUUAAUUUUUAUUUAUUACAAUUUCUGCUUAGUUUAGAAUUAAUAAACAAAUCUUACAGGUGAGUCCAGGGUUGACUUGUGCCAACACUUACAGCCCCAAUGAACAAAUAAACUAUGGUUAUUAUUUUAACAACUAAACACUUCCUCAGUUUUGAAACAGUUUAAGCAGGUGUGAUGUUUCCAUUAACUUUCACAUGUAUUGUCUAGUGUGAGAUGUUCUUAAACCAAACACCAGCAUGAGGACGGCGUGUGGUUUAUACCACAUAAAAGGUGUUAAAAUGCAGCAGCAGUUUGUGUGCAAGUUUUGCAUGAAUAAGAAUGUAACCCUUAUCUUUUGUAGAAAUUGUUAACAUUGUUGUCUCCAGGGUCCCAGGAAUAAUAAUAGAAAUAUCAGGCUAUAAUAGUGAAAAGGAUUUAUGUAGUGACCAAACCAUGAGAUGCUAGAUUACCCACUCACACCAUACUUUGACAUCUUCCUCUAGAAACAGUUAAAGGUGAAAGUCUAGAAAUGUCUAGAAUGUCUUUGAAUGAUGUAGAUUCCACUUAAUUGGAACAUAGACAUAGUGUGUGAAGUUUAAGCGAAAGAACUCAAGCGUCCAUGGAGCUUUGACCACAGUAACUUUCAUGGUUUUUUACUAAUCUUCUCAUUUGCAGCCUGCUUCUGCUGGCUCGCCCUUGCUUUGAAUUGGGAAACAGACUUGUGUGUAAGCCUCCCCUUCCCAGUGCAUAAUAUCUUCACCAAGAUGCCCGCCAAACCUCUCGGAUUCCACACAUGGUAACUGGGUGCAGUGGCAUACAGCAUGGAACCAGGAGGAAACAUGAAAUUCUAUCAUAUGCUAAUAGAAAACACAUAACAGUUUAAAAAAAAAAAAAAAAAGAUUUAUUUAGCCAGCCUCCCAUCUCCUCAUUCCUACCCAAGCCCCGGGAAACAUAAUUCUGCACUCAACAUAGUAAACAAACUCAAUCUUGACCAUGUCAAAUAUUUUACACUUGUUUGUGAUCAUUUUUCCAUAAAUUCUUCUGGAGCAGGUGGAAUGGGAAUUACACACCUGUUCACACCUCUAGUGGAGACCUCAUCUGUCAUGGUGAGGCAAAGGCGAGUGUUCACAGCAGGGCAAGACAGCAGACAGAAACAUGGCAAAACAUAGACAGACUCAUUACAUCAUCACUCUUUGUAUUUUUCACAUUUAUUUGUAUUCAUUGCUUUAAAGUCAGUUAGAAUAUCUGCUGAGUUCAGCUUUGCAGGUCAUAUUGGACCAUAUCUGGGUAUUAACUCCACCAUCGGUUCUCAUUACAGCCACUGGACCAAUCAAAUCAGACCACAGCUUCAAAUCAUCCAAUCAGGGGUUGACUCUAAACUUGGUUUUCUACUGAACUGUCUAAGUUCCUAACAUCACUAUCACUUUGUUUGAACAAGAACGAUGAUCACACUCUUUGUUGCUCUUUGUCUCUUAACAUCAGUGAAACCUUCUAACAUCAAGGAGCUUCAAGUUAAAAAAAUAAAGUGUGGAGAAGAUGUUACUAUAAAAUGUGGCGUAUCCAGGGACAAAGCUAUUGUUUGGUUCAAACAGAGUUUUGGAAAGGUUCCUCAGUUGGUAGGGAGAACAGUGGGGAAAGAUAUCAGACUUGUUGCAGAAUUUAAUGAUGGACGCUUCAGUGUUAGUGAUGUAAAAUUAUUUAAUCUCAACAUUAAAAAUGUGACAGAAGAGGAUACAGGAACAUACUUCUGUGUAGAAAUGCUAAACACUUCACCAGACUUUACAUCUGGAACCCUUUUGGUUGUUGAAGAUGAGGAGACAAAACAAAUUCCUCGAGCUGUAACGGUGUUGGAGAACGGAGAGUCGCUCACACUCCAGUGUUCAGUACAAGCCAUUACUUCAAGCUGUGAAGAACCGAGCGUGUACUGGUUCAGACACGGCUCAGGAGAAUCUGAUGCAGGAAUCAUUUACACUCAUGGAAACGCCAGUGAUGAGUGUAAGAAGAGCUCUGAGGCUGGUUCUCCUCCACAAAGCUGUGUCUACACUCUCCCCAAGAGGAAGCUCACAACCUCUGGUAAAGAAACGCUCUACUGUGCUGUGGCUGAGUGUGGACACAUCCUCUUCGGGAAUGGAAUUAAAGCUGCAGAGACAACAAAUAUGCAGUGGAUUGUUGUCUUAGCAUUCUCCAACGCAAUAUGUGUUAUCGUGAUCAUUGCUCUGCUUGGACGUUUACUUAAACUACAAAAAGGGGCUUCAAACGACCAACCAAAUAACAAAAAUCAGGUCGCUGCUGAAGAGGUCUUGAACUAUGCAGCUGUGAGUUUUGCUAAAAAACCUUCAUCCUCUAGAACAUCCAGAGCCAAGAGCCAUGAAGAUGUUUACGCUCAAGUUAAAAUAAAAUAGAGAAAGAGAAAUUAAUUCAGAAUUAAAACACAACCAAUUUUUAAUUCUUAACUAAGACUAGUUAAGUAGUUAAGAUUGUUAAAUAAUGAAUGUACUAGUUUGCUGUAAUUGUUUAAGACUAAAGCUUCUUAUUUGUGGACUAAAGUUCUGUUUUUUCACCAUUACAGACUAUGUAAUCUUCUCAUUUGUAUUUAUUAGGAUUUAAUCAGUUGGUCUUUAAAUUAUAUUCUGCAUUUUUUCUGAAAUUUAUAAAAGCCUUACAUUUGGAAUGUUUUCUUAGCAUUUUCUCUUAAAAUAGUGAACCUGAUUUCUAGAAUUGCAAUAAAACCCAUAGUUUGAUUUUAAAAGCUACCUUCAUGACGGUUCAGGUCUCACAUCAGGUCUUUAUUCUUCUUUAAAACAUGUCAGAUGUGAGAGGAUAAAUAAAUCUGUGGAUAAUGUAAUUACUGUAAAUGAGCUAAAUCACAUUUCCCAGCUGUAGGCAGUUUAUAAGUAAAUAUAAUGCACAUUAUGAUGUUUAACCCACACAGAUUUUCAUAAAUAUGACAUUAAAGUGAAAUAAAUCUAAAUAUUAAUGUUAGUGAUAUUAGUGUUUACUGUGUUACUUAUUACUGCUGAACCUGUAAUUCAAUUCCAGAUACAACAUUUUACAGUUUUUUUUAAUCGCUAACAAGUGCUUACCUAUACUUAAGAUAAUUUUUAUAAACUCUUAACACAGACUUACACCUACAAAACACAAUUGGCCAAAUUGAUAAUUUUCCUCUCAAAAACACAUUUUGUUAAAUAUAUACUAACUCUCCAUUUCAAAACAGAACACAUCUUUCUCUGCACACACUAACUUUCCCGAAACACUGGAAAUCUGACUCAAAAUGAAAUUAUUAUUUCAAAGAAUAACACUUGUUUUCACUUCACAAGGUAUAUGCAGUCAAUCAAAGUACACCAGGUUUUAAAAUACUGGCUAUUGUUGACAUUAGAAAAACUGCAUAGACUUUUAUGUGUCAGGUAACAUGCAAUCCACCUUUUACACAAAAUGUCUUAGUUGGGAACUGUAUGUCCACAUGUAUAGUAAUGUUCACAUUCAAACGCAUUCCAGUAAAAAGCAAAUCAAUUAUUUUUUUCUUUACUGUUUACUUAAGGAGGUA